AUGCCCGUGGUCUCAUUUCAUAUUCAGAUGCUGAUUGGGUUGGUUGUCCCUCAUCCAGGUACUCCACAUCUGGAUACUAUGUCUUUUUGGGACAAAAUCUUAUUUCUUGGUCAUUUAAACGUUAGGGCACAAUGUCUCGAUCAAGCGUUGAAGCUUGAAGCUGAAUACAUGAGGGUUGCCAAUGGGGUUGUUGAAACAUGUUGUGUUCGGAAUCUCCUUUGGGAAGUUCAUCACCCUCCUUCUCGUGCCACUAUUGUUUAUUACGGUAAAACACAAACCAGUAGCUUUCAAAUUUCCCCUAUAAAAAGACCACUCAACAUUUGCGAUUUCCCACCCACAAUCAGUCAAUCACCAAUGUCUUCCGUUGGAUUCAGUUAUGCUCACAUAAACCUGCAACAGCAGCGUCUCAAGAAGAAAAUGAAGAACUUAACACAAGAUUUUCCGCCGGCGACACCUACCGCCGACUACUCCAAUCAGAAGAAGAAGUUGCCGGACCGGAAAGUUCAUCCCGCCGGAAACCUAUCUUCUCCGGUGGUUUCCCAGCACUUGGUUUUGUAA